CGCCUCUCGGCCCCGCCGCCCCGGCAGCCGGCGGGCGGACAUGACACCUCAGCUCGCUCAUCCGCCGCGUGAUACGGACAUACGCCACGACCACGGUGGCCCCGUGCUCGCUGUCCGGUCGCAGGAGAGCUCCGCCUUGCUCUCCCAGCGCCGCGCCGUUGCGGGGGAGGGGGACGGGCGGUUCGCCCGCCGGGUAUGGCCGCGCGUCGCUGCUCAUCCGGGGCUGUGGCGCUGGCUGCGGCUUCGGUACUUAUCGGCAUUGGCUUUUAGGCAUACAAACCUGAAGCCUCCAACACCUCAGCUGUUGAAGUUCCUGUUGAUCUCCAUCAGCUCUCACUGUCACUGAGGACUUCAGUGAACAACAACAUUAUGAUGGACUUGCCUUUCCAUGCUACAUAUCCUGUAAGAUUUCAGGUAAUCGUGAUAUAUAUAUAUAUUGUUAGAUUGUAGUGUGCAAGAAAUUACGAAGAAUAUGUGUCUUUUGCUUAUCAGCCACACUUAUGAGAUUUUGUCAGGGACAAUAAUUUUUAGCUUAGCUUAUUGAUACUAGCAGCUGGGCAACAGUUGAUCUUUGUGUGCCAUACUUAUCCUAUGUUGAUGAAAGAAUAAUAUACAUUCCAACUCA